AUGACAGGUGACAACACUGCCUUCACUGAAGCCAUCAGGGCAGCUGUCGGCGAUAAUGGCUCGGUCAAGCGACUGACGCCGAUGACUACGAUCGAGAUCCUGGACUUAGACGGAGUGACAUCUGAAGAUGAUAUUCGUGAAACACUCAAACGAGAUUUCACAGACCGCAUGGAAAUAAAACGAGUGAACCUGACAAAGGUCACUCCUCGAGGGCAAUGGGCUGCCUUCUGCGAGAUUGACGACGCGUCCGCCAUCAAGGCCCUCGAAAUGGCCCGCAUCAAGGUCGGAUGGAUAAACUGCCGCAUACGGCCGGUGGCUAGAAUAACUCGGUGCUGCAAAUGCCUUGGAUACGGACAUCAAUCACGUUCCUGCAAAGGGCCAGACAGGAGUAAAUGCUGCCACAAAUACUUCAGUAAAGAACAUAAGGCCGCAGAGUGUGCAGAGGUACCGAGAUGUCUCCUUUGCCCCUCGGAAGGAAAUGGCAAUGACAUCCCGAACCAUAUCUCUGGCACAGGGGCAUGCAAGAUGUACCGAGCUGCUCUAGCCGAAGCUAUCAAAGCCCAAAAAUGA